UUCUCUUGCUCUUCAAUAUUCCAUUGUAUUUUAUUUUUAUCCAAUUUUUUAAUUUUUAAGUUAUUUUUCUUUACCAAAGUCCUUCAAGGACGAGUGAUUUAACGAAAAAAAUGUUGUAAAAAAGUGAAAUUUCCAAAAAAAUAAAAAUUUUUGAAUUCCAAACCAUUAAAAGAUGCAAUUGUCAUGGAGCAACGAUCAAAACAAACGGGAGACGACGAGGUUUUGCUCAACAUCUUCAACGUGGGCCGGAAACGCUUCAAGGUAUAUUUCCAUCAGAAUGUCGUAAAGUGGCAAAGGUUAGAGGCGCGCGGCAAUGCCGAGAAUACGGAGAAAAAAAGCACGUCAAUUUCGAUGAAUGACAUCAUUAAUGUGACCCUAAAACCGUCAAAUGGCAGUUCCGGUGCCCAAAUUCAUCCGUCGCUGGACAUUGGAAGUCCGAGUGCUCUCACAUCGCCCACCGCGAGUGAUUUUAAGACGUUCACCAUUCACUAUGUCACGGAGCUACGACGACAUGGCAAACGUGACACAGCUGAAUUGAAACAUAAUUCUAUUAGUUUUUGCUCAAGUGAUUUCUCGCUCGUUCGUCAUUGGUUUCUUGCAUUGCACGAAAGUCUCAGAGUUUUUAGAGAAACACGACCGAAGAACUUGCUGCUGUUUGUGAAUCCGUACAGCGGCAAGCGGAAUGCAUUGAUCGUUUACGAGAAAUACGCAAAGCCGUUGUUCCAAAUUGCUAAUGUUAAUGUUACGUGCAUCAUUAGUCAAAGAGCCGAGCAAAUUAGUGACAUUAUCAUGGAACAAGAGUUGGAACGAUAUGACGGUUUGGUAAUCGUCGGUGGCGACGGCACAUUCUCGGAAGCCUUUAACGGCCUUAUUAGAAAAUAUUUGAACCAGAAUCUCCAUUUACGACUUGAUGACGAGGCCUUUUCCCGCAUCUGUGACAUUCCCAUUGGCAUAAUUGGCAGCGGAUCGACAGAUUGUGUCGCCUACAGCUUGUACGGGUCCUCAGAUCCCACAACGGCAGUUUUAAAUAUAAUUCUCGGCACAAAAUACGGUCUAGAUCUCGCAAGUAUUCGAAAUGAAGACGACGAACUCGUGAAAAUGUAUUGCAGUGCCCUGAGUUACGGCUAUUUGGGGGACAUUAUUCGAAAAAGUGAGAAAUAUCGCAAAUGGCUCGGACCGCGCCGCUACGAAUUCACCGGAUUUAAGGAAUUUUUCAAGAAUAACGGAUAUAAUGUGGAAAUUACGUACCUGAUGGACGAUCAUGCGUCGACGGAGGACCGGCAAACGUGUUGCGGCACGACAAAUUGCUCAAGAUGCACGAAAGUGGCAUCGAAUGACACGAAAAACGACAGAAAGGAACAAUGGCGGACGAUAACAGGGAAAUUUUUUAUGAUAUCCGCGGCGAAUAUCAAGUGUGCUUGUAAGAAAUCUCCGAACGGGAUAUCGCCGUCGUGCCAUUUCAGUGAUGGAUAUAUCGAUAUAAUUUGUGUGAGACACACGACAAUUUUUAAUAAUAUCAAACUCUUAUUGACUCUCUCGAAAAAUGACAAAGAUAUCGCGGAUCUGGCGUUUGUGGAGCGAAUUCGCACGCGAAAAUUCAAAUUUCGCGCAUUAGAAAAGAACCGAAAUGACGACUUUACGAACACAAAUUCCACGCAAACGAUUGAAAGAUCGUCGAUUGAGGGACUUAGUUCGUUUAAUUGUGACGGAGAGUUAUUGUUAGAUCCCUAUGUGACGGUUAGUGGCCACCGACAAAUAUUAAAAGUAUUUAAGAAAUCAACAUUUCCAAGCGUAUGAGCGCUUUCGCGUGUUUUUUAGAGGUGAUCAGUAUUUUUAAAGCUCAACAUCCCAAAAAAGGAGAUUUUAAAUUCCUUUGCACUUUUGUGAUUCUCAUCAUUAUGUAGGUAGAAGUAUAGGAAAUUAUAUUGUUUUAACUUAAAAAGGUCGAUUUAAUAGUUGAAAAUGUUUUGAAAUUCAAAAACCUCUCAAAAUUGGUGCAAAAAAACUGAUUUCGAGAUUGAAUUUUUUUUUCGAAAUUUUUAGAUAAAUUUCGAGAACUAAAAAUUUCAUUUCGAGAUCGAAAAGUUCUUUAAAAAAUCGAAAAAUUUCACUUCAAGAACUAAAAAUUUCAUUUCGAGAUCGAAAAAUUCUUCUCGAAAUCGAAAAAUUUCACUUCAAGAACUAAAAAUUUCAUUUCGAGAU